CAGCAACUAGUCAAAGUUUUUCGCUGCAACUUCUUUUCCCUUUCUUUCUUCCUUCCUUCCAAUUUUCUCUACCCCAAACUCCAAACAGUAUUGCUCUUCAAAAAGAAAGACUAGCUAGCUCGCUGAAAGCCAUGAACCAAAAUCCUGCAUCAUCUUCCUCGAGCGAACCCGAAAGAUUCAGUUCUUUUAGUUCGUUGUUGCAGCAGCCUUUCAACUUUUUUGAUUUGCGAAGGAAAUGAAAACCGUCCCCACUUCUUCAUCGGCGUCGCCGUCUCGUCUUCCAGCUGGGGAGUACGAGGUUUUCCUGAGCUUCAGGGGUCCCGACGUCCGCAAUAACUUCGCCGAUCAUCUCUACACCUCGCUGUCGCGUGCCAAAAUCCGCACGUUUAGGGACGAGGAAGAGCUGCGCAAGGGGGAAGGGAUUGCGCCUUCCCUAGUCCGGGCCAUCCCCGAAUCCAAGAUCUACAUCCCUGUUCUAACCCAACGGUACGCUUCCAGCAAAUGGUGCCUUCAAGAAUUGGCUCAAAUGGUGGAGUGCUGGAAGGGAAACAAGGGUCACCUCAUCCUCCCCAUUUUCUACUUCGUUGACCCUAGAGAUGUGAGGCAUCAACAGGGUCCUUAUCAGCAGGCCUUUGAACAACAUGCACAAAAACAUAGCCCUGAAACUGUCAAGGAAUGGAGAGAAGCCCUUCAGGAGGUUGGGCAGAUGAAAGGAUGGCAUGUCACUGAAUCUGACAGUCAGGGAGGCAUAAUAGAGCAAAUCCUUUCUGAUGUCGAGUUUCAUUUGAGGAGCAUUUACACAUUAGUAACUGAUGAGUUGGUGGGAAUCAAUAGUCACGUGGAAGGAGUGAUGACAUUACUGAAUUUAGCCUCCUCUGAAGUGAAAGUCGUUGGCAUUCAUGGCAUGGGUGGUUUAGGUAAAACCACUCUAGCCAAAGCUGUCUAUAACAAGAUUUUCACUCAAUUUGAUCGCUGUUGUUUCUUGGAAGAUGUACGGGAAACAUUGACAAAGAGCGAAGGGGCUUUGUCUUUGCAAAAUAAGCUUAUCUCUAGCAUUUUGAGGGAGGGUAGUUAUCAAGUUAACAAUGUCAGUGAGGGAAUCAAUAUGAUAAAGGAAAGGGUUUGCAAACACAAGGUGCUUGUUGUUAUUGAUGACAUAGAUGACAAGUUUGAAUUUGAUAAGAUUCUAGGGAACUUGAGUGAUUUUUCUUUAGAUAGUAGGUUUAUGUUUACAACAAGAUAUAAAAGAGCUUUAGAUUAUUUUCGAGAAUGUAAAUUGUAUGAACCAGGAGAAAUGAGUCGUCCUCUUUCCCUGCAACUUUUUAGCAAACAUGCUUUUGGGAUGGACAUUCCUCCAAAGGAAGAUGCCUCUAUAUCUGAGGAAUUCGUAAAAGUUGCUGCUGGACUUCCAUUAGCUCUCACGGUGAUAGGAUCACUUCUGUUUCGUAGAGGAAGGAAAUUCUGGGAAGAAAAGUUGAUGGAGUUACAAGGGAUACCUUCUACUACCGAGAAUAAGGUGCAAGAGAGAUUGAAGAUUAGCUACAACGAGUUGACGCGCAAUGAAAAGGAAAUCUUCCUUGAUAUUGCAUGUUUUUUUAUCGGUAGUCACAAAAAUUUACCUUACUACAUGUGGAGUGGUUGCGAUUUGUAUCCAGAAAGUGGGAUCGACACUCUUAUUCAGAGAUCCUUGAUAAAACUGGACGUGGGAAAUCAUUUUUGGAUGCACGAUCACAUCAAAGAUCUUGGAAGGGCCAUUGUUAAAGAGGAAGAUAUUCAACAUCCAUACAACCGUAGCAGGAUAUGGUCUACUGAUGAUGCCCUCGACAUGUUUAGAAAUGGAAAGGGAAGUGAACGGGUGGAAGCUAUUAGGGUGAAUUUGAAUUCUAGAGAUGCUCAUGAAAAGCUGCUUACGAGCAAGCAAUUUAAGAACUUAUCAGGUUUAAGGUAUCUGGAGGUGCGAUAUGGAAACGUGAUGGGGGAUUUCAGCCAGGUUCUUCCAAAUCUACGUUGCCUUCGACUGCCACAUUGUGAAUCAAUCCCAACUGAUAUUUACACAACGAAAUUGACCGUUCUUGAUUUGGAGCAAUGCGAUGUAAAAGAUAACUGGAGGGGCUGGAAUCGAAUAAAGGUAAAAUCUGUUUCCUCUUUCUGUCUUUUCCAGGCGGCAGCGAAGCUGAAAGCUGUAAAUUUAACCAGGUGCGUCGAGCUGAGAAGGGCUCCUGACCUGUCCACAUGCGCAGGUAUGGAGUUGAUAAACUUUGAGGAAUGUGGUAGGAUGGAAGGACAAUUGAACAUUGCCAAUUUCAAGAAUCUGAACAUGCUGAGGCUCCCUUGGACCAAGAUAACAGGCUUAAUCAUCACGGGUAAUGACAUUGGAAGGCUUCAACGACUGGAGGAGAUGGACUUGAGGUUUACUCCUAUGACAGAAUUGCCCGCCGGGAUGGACAAGUUAUCCUCUCUCCAGAGCCUGCUGCUCGAAUCACUAUACCAGGGGUACCAAUUAGAAAUACCCAGACUCCCGAGGAGUUUAAAAAGGUUAGCCAUUGCAUCUUCCAACGGGGUCCCAAAUUUGCUGGAGCUGACGGCAUUGGAGUCCCUAAGCUACCUCAACGGCAGUAUUCCUUCGAUCCCUAGAGGCUUACAGUUUGUGGUCAGCUGUGACGAAUGUCAACUGAUUCAUGAGAAGUAUUCCGGGCCCUUGAGUGAACUCCCUAGCUUAGCAAAUCUGCGCAACCUGACCCAACUCACGCUCAUGCAUAUAGAGGCGGUAGAGAUUCGUGGCCUCGGGGAGCUGAGGGCUCUGGUGACUAUGGAGAUAUCGGAUUCCCCGAAUCUGAACAAUCUCAACGGACUUGAGAAUCUGCUCCUCCUCACAACCCUGUCUGUGGGAAGCUGCGCCGUGCUGGAGAGGCUGCCCAGUCUAGCGAAUUUGAUGAAAUUGAAGGAUUUGGAGGUUUACCAGUGUCCGGUGCUCGUGGAAAUCCAAUGCCUGGGUGAUCUCGGGGAGUCUCUAUCGCGUCUGACAAUUAAGGAUUGUCCCAGCUUGGCAAACUUACAUGGAUUACUUCAGUUUCUGGGAGCAUUGGAUGAUUUGACUCUUGAGGAGCAAUCGUUUUGUGGAAAACCAUGUCCUGACCUCUCUGGUCUCCUCAAUCUGAAACGGCUGAGGAUUUUGUUCAGUCCGCACUGGACUGAGGUGACAGGGCUUGAGAGAUUGGUGUCGCUAGAAUCCCUGACCAUGAAGAGUUGCAUGUCAAUUCGACAGCUGCCGGAUCUGUCUAACCUCAGGAAUCUCAAUACAUUAGACCUUACAAAUUUUGCAAGCUUGACGAAUGUCCCCACAUGGAUCGGCAGAUUGGAGUCGUUACGUCAGCUACGAGUUCGUCAUUGUUGGUCGAUUACGGAGCUGCCAAAUUUAUCCGGCCUCAAGAAUUUGGAGGAAUUGAACCUUAGUUACUGCACAGGGUUGACUGAGGUAAAAGGAAUCGAGGGUUUGGAGUCGUUAACAAAGCUGAUACUGUAUGAUUGCAAGUCAAUAGAGGAGUUGGGAAAUGUCUCUGGUCUCAAGAAAUUAAGGGAGUUGGAUAUUGAGGGAUGCAAAAGAUUGACCAAGGUGAAGGGACUCGAGGAGCUGGAUGGGCUACGCGAUGUGGACAUGGAGAUGAGGAUGAGCUUGAAGUAUUUGGCAAAGGCGGCUGCUAGAUACGGCAAGGAACUAGCUUCUCGGUUCGUUGUGGGGUUUACAGGAGCUGCUGAUAGCUCUACUUCCAGCUCAGGUAGCGAGUUCGUGGAGCGCGAGCCGGAGCAUGAACUGGAGGAAGAGCGAGAGCCAAAAUGGGAGCGUAAGAAUCUCUAUUAUUCACCGAGAUAUUGUUAG